CUAUACUUUAGUAAAUAUCUAUGAUAGUUACGUCAGCGUCUAAAUGCUGUUGUCAUAGUAACGGUGGCGCGUCAUAUCAAUUUGCUACGGUUGUGAUUAUACGUCGUUGGCCGUUUGUACCAGAUAAAACAGAUCUACAACAAAGCUGAAGGUCGUUGAUUAAGUCACAUGAUAUGCAUAUAAAAAUGUGCAAAUAUGUCAACUAGUGGUGAAAAACGUUUUUACAAAGUGCAUUAUGACUUAUACGAAUUUAAUAAGAAUAUAAUUUUUAAUGGCUGAUUAAUAACAAUUGAACGCUAAUUUACUAAUGUCGAGAAAUUAAAAGUUGUCCAUAUGGUCUCAGUAACAGUCUCCCAAAAAGUUUAUAUACUUAUGCCUCGAUAUUUAAGCAAUUUACCGUUAAAGACUAAUCACGGCACCUUAAUUGAGUUCACUCUAAAUGAAGAUGUCACCAGAAAAAUCAGGAAUUUCCUUUCAUCAUCAACAGGCCACUACACCAAAAAUGUCAACUCCUUACGAUAGCUCGGCUUCAAUAAAAGAAGCAGAGUCUCCCAUUGCUCUCCUUCUUGCAGUAGCUCAAAGUCAAAAUAGAUCGUCCGACGACGAUCUUACUAGUUUAUCAUGGUUACACGAACAAGACCUACUAAAAGGAAUGAACAUAGUCAACCCCUCACCAUCUACAAGUGUCAAUUCAACCCCUGUUAAAUAUAGCGAAAGUAAUUCGUCAUCAAAUCAAGAAACACCAACGAGUGACUACAUCGAAGAGUCAUCAAUAUCGGCUAGCGAAUCGUCCAGUAGUUCAUUUAACUCCCCAAUUUCCAAUCAUUCACAAACUAGAAGCAAACAUCCUGUCAAUGCUCCUUACGAUCCCAUGAUUCACGUAAACAGUAAACCACCCUAUUCCUUUUCAUCUCUAAUUUUUAUGGCCAUCGAAGACUCUCAUCAGAAAGCUUUGCCGGUUAAAGAAAUCUACGCGUGGAUAUUGGAUCAUUUUCCUUAUUUCCGAAAUGCUCCUACAGGAUGGAAAAACAGCGUCAGGCACAAUCUUUCACUCAACAAAUGCUUCCAGAAAGUCGAAAAGGCGCCAAAUCUCGGAAAAGGUUCUUUAUGGACUGUCGAUUCGCAAUACCGGCCCAACUUGCUUCAAGCGUUGACACGAUCUCCGUUUCAUCCAUGUUCAACCCUAGACCCUACCGUGUACUUUAACAAUAAUAACAAUAGUAGUAACAAUAACAAUCACUAUCGGGCAACUAACGAAAGAAACGAUCAAAAACAAUUACAAACUUUGUUUCCGUAUUUGUCAAAAACUAUCGGUUUCUCGUCCGAAAACAACGUAGCAGUUAAAAAGGAGCUUUCUGAAGAGCCACUGGAUGCAGUAGAUGCCGCGGCUGUGAUGUUGAGUCUGAAAAAUGGUCUCAGGCAUCCGAUCAAGACCGAAAACCAAGUGAUCACCACAUCUCCUAGCCAGGAUCACACUUACAGUGUGAUGGAAGACCUUACCAUACUUAAAGACGAAGCUUUCGAAAGUGAUGACGAAAGAUAUUACACGACGCGUUCUUGCCGAAAAAUAGACUUUGAAGACGAGGAGGAAAGAAGAAUAAAAGAGGGUGCGGAGACACUUCUUGAUUUAGCUGGUGUCAAUUUCGGUAAACGUUGCGCUAAUCAAAAUGACGAUAGCGAUUACCCGAUUAAAAAACGUCGUCUUUCCAAUUUUGAAAGUGAAAAAAAUUACGAGAAACCCGCCCAGUUUAGACCUCGGCUUUUGCGAACAAAGAAAAAAGACAAAAAGAAUGUAAAUAAUAAUAACAUAAAUUCAAAUAAUAAUAAUUUUUCGCAUACCGACGACGACUGGGCGAAAUACCGUCGAGAAUUAGAAGUGGGGCAGAGAAGAUAAUCUUCGAUUAAGUUUUCGUCGAAGUUUUGUAGUAGUGAAAUGAAAAAUUACAAGUUAGAGUCUUUAUAUAUAUUUUAUUGUUUGUUUAUAUUUAUACGUGUAAUUAUAUUUAAAAUAUAAGGAUUGUUUUUUGUUAUGUGUACAUUGGAUUUACAGGUUUUCUAUUUUUCACUAGGAAAUUUUUGUGGGCACGUUGUUGAACAAACAAAUUGUUUUAUCGUUCCAACUUUAUAAAAAGAAAGAGUAUUGCUUGAAUUUUUCGCAAUUUUUUACCUUUUUUAUAAAACUAAAAGGUAACUUCCUAAAUAUAAAAAAUCAAUUUGUUUCAUACUUCCGAAAUUGUAUUAGGUGGAGGAAUAACUCCAAGACAAGACAAAGAUUAUUUGUAAACUUUUUAAAGUAUAUAAAAAAUGAUAUGCGGAAAAAAGACAAUCUGUGUUUAAAACUUAUAAUAAGUUCAACGUUUAAGAAAUUUUUUGGAGGGCAUUUUUAGUAUCACAAACGAUGUAGCGUAUAAAAUUGUGAAAACAUGUUAUCACAAAGGAAAUAAAUCAGUAGGAGGGCCAAAUUGUAUUGUGACUUAAUCUUUUUUCUUUAACAAAAAAAUGGAAAAAGAUUUUACCGUUACAUCUUAAUAGGUUUCACCCUAAACGAAAUUCUGUCUCCUCGACAAGCAUUAAAAUUUCAUUGGGAAAGAAGAAAUUCUUCGAAAUUUGAGAGCAUGAUCAUUUGUUACUCUCAUAUAUUUUUCGAUGAUGAAAGCAAACCUAAAAAAACUCUAAAUCUUCAUUUAAUACUUAAUAGAUUUAAGAACAUCCCUUAAAUAGGGUAAGCGUAAGAUAAAACUGUAACGUGGAGGUAAACGGUAUCUAUGAACUCAAAAAAUUGGUAUAUACACCUGGAGGGCUAAAAACUACCCCUACAAAAUAAAGGAGCAUACAAAAGCUCCAAAAUUGUGUAGAUUUCAAUUUUUUUACGUGACUACAUAGAAACUACAAAAUUCGAGAGAUUUGAAGUCUUUGGAGCUUUUAUACAAUCUACUAACUGUUGCCCGGGUUAAAUCGAUUACAAUUUAAUAAUAGGUAAUGAAAAAAUCAUUUUUUUUUUUUGAAAAAAAAAAAAAUGGGUCACAUUUACUUACAUACAAUUUUGGCCAUCUUCCUUUGUUCGUCUAUUACCAUUUAAACAAAAAUGGUGGGUUUUCCUAUUUGUUUUGUCCAUUGUCGAUUGCUUCACUCAGGGAUUUCGAAUGAAAAUGUGAAACUAACCUAACCAACUUUCUAAAUUUUUCGUUUUCAAUAUCGACGGAAUUUUUAGUACUUAUAAAAUUUAUAUAUGUAGCCAAGUCCCUUUAAAACAAUAACUGAUAUUGUUAGCUAGGAAUUCAAUUCAGAAAUAUAAAAAAGUGAAUGAGAAAUAUUUUACAGACAGAAAAUCGAAACGAAAAUAUUGAGCCCUUAAACAAAAAUGUUUGUCAAUUUUGUAUUGUACUUACAGAGGGUAAUAUAUUUACAUUAUCUAUUUCUUUAACAACAAUGAUUGCGAAAACUCCACCAUUUUAAGUCAUUUAUCAAAGAGUAAUGUAUACCUAGUUCAAUUUUUAUUUUGCUUAAUAAAAUAUCGUUCGUUUAAUACGUAUAGGGUUAACGUUCAAUUUUCAUAAAUGGAUAUUUGUUUUGUGUUUUUGUUUGUGGAUUGCAAGCCCUUGAAGGAAUAAAAGGCUGUCAAU